AUGCAGAUUUAUUUUCAAAGAAUGGUACUGGUUGUACCUUCAAGAAUGAAACAUUCAGAAGAAAUGGCAUUUGAAUUGGGUACCCUGAAUGUGGUGAGAGAACAGAUAUCCAUCAAGUGUUUAUUGACCCCUUUCUAUGUGCCAGGUUUUACACUAGGUUUAGGAAUAAAUGAUGCGCAACAGAGACCACACAUGCCCGCUAAUGAGCCAGUAUUUUUGAGAGAGAAAGCGAUUAGUUUAACAAGUUGUAAAACAGUUGCAACAAAUGAAGGAGGGGCCUGUGGUGACAAGAUAGUAUAUGACAGAGGAAUUAGACAUGAAAAGCCUUCCGGAGGCAAUGUUUAA